ACAACGACAACAAGUACAAGAUGUUCGAGCUGCCGAAUGCCACACCCCUGAUGCAGACCUCACUCAUGGUGCUGAUAUGCCUUGCCUGCCUGUCGACCAUCUCUGCGGCCGUGCUGCUCCACCCACUGGCUAGCAUCGGUCAAGGCGGCAGCACGCGAUGGGCCUCGGAGAUCGGAGGCACGUUCGCGACACGAAGGAUCACUCCGCUCCGCUUCAGCCACUACGGAUACGACCGCGGUUCCGCGAUCGAGCUGGAACCCCUGACAGGAGAACCGUCGACGAGUGCCGGCUGCCUCGCCGAACCCGAGGCGGACAGUGAUUGAAAAAUAGACUGCUGCAUUCUGACGUCACAUUGCAGUGGUGGUUGUGCUAAAACCGCCUUCGCAAUUUCGCGAGCCCCGUGGAACGUUGGGACGCCUGAUCUUUGUGCGCUGUUUUGCUCGCUCGCUAUUGCCGUGUUUGUUCAUCGGUUGCGCGGUUUGUUCGGGAAUUCGUGCCACGUUUAAAGUAAAACGCAAUUGAAA